CGUAGGCGGGGCGACGCCGGCGGAAGGCGGGACGGGGCCUCCUUCUGUGGGCGUGGCCUCGGGCUGCGCGCGCGGGCUGCGGUGUCGGGCUCGCACACGAGCAUGCAGGACGACUCCCGACCGGUCAAGAGCGAGUGGGGCUGGCUGCGGCCCCACUCGACGCCCGCCACGCUGCUCUGGCUGCAGCAGAACUAUGAGGUGGCCGAGGGCGUGUGCAUCCCCAGGAACACGCUGUACCUGCACUACGUCGACUUCUGCGCGCGCAACGCCAUGCAGCCCGUGAACGCCGCCAGCUUCGGAAAGAUCAUCCGGCAGCAGUUCCCGCAGCUGACCACGCGGCGCCUGGGCACCCGCGGCCAGUCGCGCUACCACUACUACGGCAUCGCGGUGCGCGUCGGAUCGCUCUACUUCGAGCCUCCGUACGCCAAGGGGGCCGGCCACCGGCGCCCGCAGCAGGGCCCGCCGCCGGCUUCGCGGCUCGUGCUGCCGGAGUUCCCGCGAGUGCGCGAGCUGCUUCUGCCGGUCGGCGCCGACGCCGAGCAGUUGGCGGGCUUCGUGGCCAUGUACCGGGGCCACUGCCAGCGGCUGCUCGACGAAUGCACGCAGCCGCACGAGCCCCCGCUAGCGGGCGUGCUGCAGUGCGUGGCACACUUCUGGCGCCGCGUUCCCGCGCAUCUGGCGUCCCUGCUGGCCUCGAACGCCCUGGCCAACCUGGUGGGCGUCUGCGAUGGCCUCCUGUACGGCGCCGUGGCCGAUGCGUUGCUGCCCGCGUACGCACCGCCCCCGCACGACAGCAACGCGUGCCGGGCCGCACGGCUGCUGUCGGAGCAGCUAGAGCCGUGGCUGGAUGCGGCGCUGGCGGGAUUCCCGGCGCCGCUGAGGGCCAUCAAGCUGCACAUGUGCCGCCGGCUGUCGCAGGCGCUGCGCCGCCGCCUCUCGCUGGCCAAGCUGUGGCCCGCGUGGCGCGCCGCGGUUCCCUCGCACGACUGGGCCCUGCUGGACCUCAACGCCGUGAGCGCCGAGGCCGUGGCGCGCAGUCCCCGUCCGGGCACGCCGUCGGCCCGCUUCGUAUACGCGCGCGCGCACGAGCUGUGCGCGCUGCUGGGUUCCGACGAGCAAGCGCUGUCCGGCUGGCUCGAGGCCCUGGUGGAGCGCAGCGUGGCCAGCGCAGCCAGCGCCACGUGCGCUGCCGCGGGUCCCCUGGCGCGCCACUUCCUCGCCGUGUGGUGCGCGGCGGGCGCCGAGGCCGAGCGCCAGAUGCCCGCGCUGCGACCGCUGCGCACCCUGCUCGACGAGUGGGCACGAGCCCUGCUCGAGCGGUUGCUCGGGGACGCCCUGCUGCGACAGCUGCUCGACAACGUCGCCAGCGAUGCGCCGCCCGACGCUUGUCGCAUGCUACAACCAGCUAUUGAAAUGGAUGAUCCGGGACCGUCCCAGGCUGCUGCUCCCAUGCCCCCUGCCAUCGUCUGCUCUGACAUCAUCCGGCAGUGCGAUCCUGCUAUAUUUAGCAGCACAGACGACCACGACGUGGAAGACUGGCUCACCAAAUAUGACCGUCUGCAUCGAUGGCCUGCUGCUUGAACCUGCAGUUCACACAUGACCCAUGGUCACACUCACCUCCUGCCAGUGUUUUCCAAUAUCCUCAAGUGCUUGCCCUGUGUGUGGCAGUGCACGCAGGGGCACUACCUGACCAUAAAGAACUUUGCUACAACGCGAGCAGCUGCGGUGCCCGCUACUGCAGAAACACCAGUGUUGCAAUCCAAAACCAUCAUCAAGCUUGAUGUGUGCAUUGUGGAUGCGCACAGCAAGCAUGGCCACCCAAGCACUUUUCUGUGCAUGAUUACCACGACAUGUGACAAAGUGGUCUGCUCAGUGAGUAAGCACCAAAGGGAAUGCACAGAAGCAUGGAAAAUAUCAACCUGUUUUAUGCGAUUCCAUCAAAACUCCUUGGUGCUAAAUAAAAUGUGAAAUCUUCAUGAA